CCUUUAAAAACGUCUCGCGCUCCGAAGCCGCUACUCCCGGAGGAGAGUUUCGCAAACUCGCAGUCAUGGCACAGGCGGACAAGACGAGUGGAGAUCACGUUGGAUUCCCCUUUCCAGACAUCAUCGAGCUUAACGUUGGCGGCCAGGUGUAUGUGACGCGGCACGCGACCCUGCUAGCUGUGCCGAGCUCGCGCCUCUGGACCAUGUUCAGCCAGCGGAGCCCCGCGGAUCUCAGCAGAGACAGCAAGGGCCGCUUCUUCAUAGACCGUGACGGAGCUCUCUUCAGAUAUAUUCUGGAUUACCUGCGGAAUUUAACGCUUGUGUUGCCAGAUUAUUUCAGGGAGAGGGCGAGUCUCCAAAAAGAGGCAGACUUUUUCCAGCUGCACGAUCUAUCUAAACGUCUCCGAUCCUCGACGAGCAAAGAAAACUCCCCGAGCGAGGAGGUGUGUCGUGGCGAUCCUGAGGAAGCUAUGCUUGGAGCUCUUGCGAGCACGAGCCUGGCUGCGUCUCCCGGCAGCACAACAAACCCCUGCUCCCCUUCUCUUGACCCACGGAAGUCGGGCUACAUCACCAUCGGGUAUCGCGGUUCCUACACCAUCGGGAGGGACAUUCAAACAGAUCACAAAUUCCGGCGCGUGGCGAGGAUUACCGUGUGUGGAAAGACGUCCCUCGCCAAAGAAGUUUUUGGCGAGAAUCUGAACGAGAGCAGGGACCCAGACAGACCCCCGGAGAGAUACACAUCCCGGUACUACCUGAAGUAUAACUUCUUGGAGCAAGCCUUCGACCAGCUCUCAGAGGCAGGCUUUCAUAUGGUCGCGUGUAGCUCCACAGGCACAUGCGCCUACACAAGUAACGACCCAAACGAAGACAAGGUGUGGAGCAGCUAUACCGAGUACGUCUUCUGCCGGGACUGAAUGGUCUUCACACGCGACCGCUCUGUCGAAAGCUUUUAGCCAUCAAGAAAUAUCUAUUAGCCUACCAAAAUGUAAACGUCUGCAGACGACAGUGGACCUUUAUGCGCAUAGUCUAUUUAUGAUAAUGGCGAUUUUCUAUCCAGACAUGGAAUUUAUUGCUUAGUUCUGUGACCUGUUAAUAGUUAUAUUCAUAAACAACUUCAGAUUUUGUUUAUUACAAGUUGUUUGUAAAAAAAAAGUCAAUCUUUAAUGCUUUAUUUUGAUUUGAGUGUUAAUUUAGACGCUCAAAAUCUAUAUUUGUCAAACACCUGACGACUUUGUGUGUGUUUAAUGCCAGGGUAAAUGAGUUGGACAGAGAGACUCGAGCAUCAGUUCCUCUGUGUUUCCAGAGCUGCACUGCCACGACGACUUCUUCUGGAGAUCUUAUUACAUUUUGCCUUGUUUAUGCCGUGCCAAAUUUAAUAUGGGAGCAGUUCACUGCCCAGAUAUGCUUUGUUUGCCCUCUCCCAGCAUCUGUGGAGUCACAAAUACACAUGCGCGCACACACACACACACGCACACACACACACACACACACUGGCUGAGGCAGAUUUUUUUAUGGAAACUAUCAUAAGUGUUUAUACUAGAAUUUUGUAUAUUUAAAGAAAGCUUUAAUCUGCUAUUUGUAUGUGUGUACGUCAGUCCAGUACGCUGUGUUUAUGUCUGUGUGUGCCUGCUUGCCUGCAUGUGUGAGUUUUAUGUGUGUGUGUGUGUGUGUGGGUGCCUGUGUGUGUGAGAUUUUU